GUUUACUUCUAUAUUCACGGCUUCAUCUCCUCUCACUAACACAUCUCUCCCCAUUAUAGAUCCUCUCCCACCAGACAAUCUCAUCGCUCUUUCCGCCGUCUACCAAUUCAGUCAAGUCUUUCUAUCUCUCGUUUCUUCAACCCAUCAACACCUCGCCAAACGACCCCUACUCACCCCCCCGGUUAUCUUCCCCGCAGUAUGAACUGAGCUCAUCUCAUCUUCAUUAUCUUGUCUUUAUCUCAACUCCAACCUCUCUGAUCAUAGCAUCGCCAGGAUGGAAGUAUUUCUGCACAAUAUUCCCCCGGACCUCAGCAAGGAUGGGUUAAAGGGUCAGCUUGCACCCUUCGUCAGGGCUCUCGCUAUCCUCGACUGGAGUUGUGAGAAACCACGAAAGAAACGUUUUGGCCACAUAGUCUUCCUAAACCAGGUCGACGGCAAGCGCUUCCUGACGUCUCACGGAGAAGAGUACUUGGAGGGCUAUACUCGGCCCAGAUCACGUCUGAAGUUGCUAGGAUUCCAUGUAUUCUGCAAGCAGAGCAACAGAGACCCAGACGUUUACACCCUUCGACACCUAGCCCACGAAGCACAAGAGCGAGUCAAGCCAACCCGAAUCAUCGAAGAGCAAGGCAGCUCCAUCUCAUUCGCCAUGACCAUGGUCUCCUGUGGCUACACCGGAUUCGACUGCGAUGAGUUCGAAUUCGUCUCGGAAGUGGAAUGGCCACUGAAGAGCGGCAGCGUCGCUUUUAAAAGACGCAACAUCAUUGUUGAGUUCGGCGACGGAAGAAUCAUACGAAUCCCUCUAAACACGGUCUUUGAAGUCGUGUGGAGCACGUCCGGUUCUAAGAUCCUUGUUACCACGACCGAUGUUCCCUCGUUCUUUCGCCGCGAAGGCGACUCCUAUGUCCGUCUCCCUUCUCUUGGAGAUGCGCACUCUCGUAUCGUUGGCCAAUAUCUUGUAUAUGAGUUUAGAGUUGCCCCAUCUGACUUCCAGUCUAAGAUGAUUCAACUCACCGAGUGGGACUUGGGUCUCAUCCGUUAUAAAUAUCGCUCGCUAGUCCACUAUGAAAUCACGCUGACGACCUUGAUGGUGUUCCUAAAGGACCAUCAUACUCAUGGCGGAGUUUUGCCUUUUUGCGUCCUUUUCCAACUUCAGGCAUUGGCCUGCAAUGCAUACCUCCCUCCCCAUAUAGUCGUUGGCCUGGCAAUAAAGUUGGAAGCCAUCUUCAAAGCAAGAAAGCAGGCAGGACAACGGCCAAUAUCGGUGAAUUCUCUCAAACGGCUUUUCACUCUGAUCGGCUGGCCCUCCCCAUUUGGCAACGCCGCUGAAUUUGCGGUCAACGGUUUGCUCGAGAUGAUCAUCGAUAGCGAACAGGAGCUUCGUUAUGGUGUGAUCCAGGCCGACAGUCUCUUCCGUCCAUCUCCUCAUAUGGCGUAUAUACACAAAGUGAUGGUCACCUCUUCACGCAUCACAUUGCACGGCCCAGAAGCCGAGCCUUUGAAUAGAAUUCUGCGUCGAUUCCCAAACCACCACGAGUAUUUUAUCCGCGUCCAAUUCUGCGAUGAGAGCGGGCAGGAUAUUCACUUCAGUCCCCGGGUCAACAAUAAGGAGAUUUUUGCAAGGUUUAAAGGUGUUUUUCAAAACGGAAUUCAGAUUGCAGGCCGCACUUACACCUUUCUGGGCUUUUCUCACUCGUCCCUCAGAUCUCACUCGGCCUGGUUCUCAGCACCAUUCGUCGACGAUAACGACAACCUUCAGACCUACUUCACAAUCAUCAAGGCCAUUGGCACUUUCUCUAACAUAACCUCACCAGCUCGAUGUGCCGCCAGAAUUGGACAAGCCUUCUCCGAUACACCCUUCGCUGUAGAUCUCAAACAGCACAAGGUCUCCGUGUAUUUAAUGCCCGAUGUCGAAAUCGAAAGCCGAGUCUUCAGUGACGGUGUGGGAACGAUAUCCAAAGAUGCUGCCACUGCGAUCCAUACCGUUUUACCACUCAGAAAGAGACUACCAACGUGCUUCCAGAUCCGGAUGGGCGGUGCAAAGGGCAUGCUAUCUCUCGAUCCUUCUCUUAAAGGUUGCCAGAUCCGAGUCAGGCCUUCAAUGGUGAAAUUCGACGCAGAAGACAAGAAUAACCUAGAGAUUUGCGACACUGGAUCGAAGCCCAUCCCCUUGGUCUUGAACCGACAGAUUAUCAAAAUAAUGGAGGACAUGGGCGUUUCAGAGGACUGGUUCUUUAAACUACAAGGACUGCGUAUAGAUCAGCUACGGAAGGCUACUGCAACGACCAGAAACACCGCAAAUUUUAUCAAAUCUCAAGGUGUCGGCCAUUGCGUUCGGCUCUACCGACUUUUCCUACUAUUCAAUCGAUUAAAGCUGGACUACAAGGAGAUUCCUUUUCUCCGAUCCAUUGUCGAGGCCGUCGUCCUCCGCGAACUGCGGCUUCUAAAGCACAAAGCCCGCAUCCCAGUGGGUAAGGGGAUCACAUUGUUUGGGAUCAUGGACGAAACCGGCUUUCUAGGUGAAAAUGAGGUCUUCGUUACCUACGAAACUCAUGAUGGCCAGUUCUUACAUCCACCAGCACAAAGCCGGCUACUCGUCACCCGCUCCCCGGCUCUGCAUAUAGGUGACAUCCAAUAUCCGCAUCACGUACUUCCCCCUGCGGGCCACCCACUUCGCGAACACAAGAACUGCAUCAUCUUCAGCAAGAAGGGUACCCGGGACCUUCCCAGUCAACUCAGCGGCGGAGACCUAGAUGGUGACUUAUACAACAUCAUCUGGGACCCGGAAGCUAGGCCAAAGUGGAUAUAUGCUCCUGCAGACUAUCCCCGUGUCCCACCCAAGGACAUCGGGCGACCCGUAACAAGAGAGGACAUGGCCGAGUUCUUUGUCGAUUUCAUGCAGACCGACAAGCUGGGUGUCAUUGCCACAAAACAUAUGAUCCUUGCAGACCAGAUGGAAGUCGGAGCAUUACACUCUGACUGCAGGAAGCUAGCACAACUUCAUUCUACCGCAGUUGACUUCUCCAAAACUGGUGUACCGGUAAAGCUCGAGGAAAUGCCCAAUGUCAACCGCAACAGACCGGACUUUCUCGCCCCAGGGCCCCUCGCAUGCAUCCACGAUAAACAAGAUAUCCAGCUAGAAGCCCGAUAUGUACACCCCUACCCAGACGAUGAAAUCGACUCCGCUCCCGUUCAUAUGUACUACCGAUCCGAAAAGGUCCUAGGCAAGCUUUACCGCGCAAUCGACGAGCACAAGAUCUGGAAAGAGGAAAUCCACUGUACAGAGGCACCAAACCCGGCGACUGUCUGGAAAACACUCAUCAACAAUCUAACAAAACGGUGCAUGGACCUCGGUGCAUCAGUAAACUGGCAGCACCACUUCGAGACAGCUCGCCAGCUCCGCGCAGCUUACGAAGACGCAAUGUCCACCGCAAUGGCCAACUUCUCCGAACACCCAGUUCACCCCAUAACAGAGCUAGAAGUCUUCAUCGGCCAGAUCCUCAACAGCAGCGGCGUGCAAACCCAGCGCCAACGCGAGCGGUCCAUAAAACUCAAAGACGAAUUCGAUCGCAUCGCCUCGUGGAUCAUGGACCAGAUGUGUCUGCCUGGUCCGCGUACUGGGUAUGCAGGUGAAUUCGACUCGCUCGAGCGCUGCCUUGCCUGUUUCUAUGUCGCGGGGGAGGUGGACGAGCGACAGUCGGGGUCCGGUCAGAAACAUAAACGGCGGGGGUGGGGUGGGCUGGAGAGUUUCCGUGUUCUUGCGGCUUGUGUGCUAUUGACGGAGGUGGAGGCCUUUGAAAGGGAUUAUGCAGAUAAUGGAAAUAUCCCUUUAUCUGUGCCGACGACCACAAGGGGAUAUGGAUACGAAGAUGAAGAGGAAGCGAAGCGGCUCGAUAUGGAGCGGAUGCUGGAUUCACUUCGUCGGGUGGGGCUCAGCUUCUGAUUUUGAGUGGCUACGUCGAAACCGAGUUAGAUAUGGAUUGAUUGAUGAAUCUAUACAGACAUAUUAUCAUAUCAUAUUAUUAUAGACCCCUCAAAUCAAUAGUUACAAGUCUC